AUUUAUGGAUAUUAUCUAUGUUUUAAGUUAGUUCAUGACUCUUUUUAGGGUUAACUAUAUAUUACUUUCAAGCAUAAAUGGAAUUAGAUGUUUUAAUUUCAUAAUUACAGAAAUUUUAAUGUAAUUUUUUUAAAAAGAUAAAGAAUAAUUAUAGGGAGUAAUAUAUAAUUAGUCUCUCAUUUUUAUCUUCAAUUUGGUUGCAAUAUUGUAGAUGGAAUCUGAUGUCAUGGCAUUGCCCUCAAAGAAAGAUACGCCAGUUUACUUAUCAUUCAUAUGAAUAAAAUGCUCCUUCUCAACACCAAUUAUACACGUGUAGUUGCCAAUGUGUUUGGAAGCAUUGUUGUUAGUUGUUAUUAUUUAGAUUAUGGAAGUCAAAUUGCUACCUAAAACUGAACUGACGUGAUGGUGUAUAUAUUUGACGUGGAUGAUGGAAUUGGAUAGAAGAUUCCAAGAGGUUCUUCUUCUAGACCUUCAUCCAAUUGACUACAAGUGCCUCUUUUGAUCCUUGCUCUCCUUUCCCAUUUGACAGCCAUCAGAUGACUUGGCAAUGCAAGCUUUUGAAGUAGAAACAGGCUAGUUGAACACAUUUCGUUCUAUGGUAUAAGUGAAGGAAGGCUUCAAUCAAUUUUGCUAAGUUUAAGAUUAGUAGAAAAAAGAAUUAAAUGAGUUCAAACCAAAAUUGGACAGGCAUUGAUUUACUUAGGGACACAUUUGACUUUGCUAUAUAGUCAAAUAUCUCAUGUGUUCCGUUUGACCAAGCCUUCCUCCAAGAUUCCAGAUUGAGGACUCAAGCCACAUGUGGAGGAAUGCUUGGAUCUACUCAGCAGCCAAAGAAGACCCACGCGAAGGCUAUAUUUAUUAUCUGGAAGCUGAAUUCCAAUAUUUUGUACGGACUCUUUCCAUCUUCUCGUGUGCUUCGGCGGCAGAACAAUUAACUAGUCUUACUCUUCUUCCUCCUCCUUGCUGUUAGCUUCUGGUCUGUGAUCCCUCCUUGCGCCCUUGGGAUGCCUUGCUUUGUGCCCUUCGACAACAAGAAGCUGGACGUCAGCUUCUUCGCGUUCCGUCCCACUGGUGUCUUCGCCGACGAGCUCAUCGAUGCCGUGAAGUACUUCUCCUUCCAUGCCGAGGAUCUCGGUUGCGUCUAUAGCUCAGUGUUGAGAAGCAUACAUGGCAAUAUGAUUGUAUGGUAUGGUGCAUGGUUAAGAAGGUCCCCCGAUAACAGAAAGAUGUUGAAUGAUGCUCUGCUAUCAGUGCUAGAAGAGGUAUCAACUAUGGGUGUUCUCCUUCAUCAUGGCUUCUUUGAGGCUUUCUUUGGGGAGUCCAAAGACGGCAGCUCGCUCGCCAAGUUCUCCUCCGGCGACACCAUCUUCCUGAGCGCCAUGGCGUCGACGCCUCGCGACGUCGCCGAUCUCUCCUACGCCUGCCUGGCCCUUCACAGGACUUUCUUCGCGAAGACCGAUGGGUUGUCCGCCGGCGUCCACCUCCGCUGCAACGACGAGCCGGUGGUGGCGGCGCUGAUGGUGUGGAAGUCCCUCCAUGCCUGCUACUCCUGGCUGCUCCGCUCCGACUACCGCAACACCAUCCUCCCCUACUUCAGCCACCUCUCUCAGGACGCCCAGUUUGAUGUCUUCAAGGUGGUGUACGUCAACCGCGACGAGAUCCUAAACGUCAGUCCAUUUCCCCCGCGGACGAUCGGAGGUGGAGAUGGCGAAGAAUAGUCGGAUCACUGACGAACAUCGUGCUGCGGAUUCUUCUACGUGUGGCGUGCGUGUCGUUAGGGUUGUAGCUAGUGAUUAUAUAUGGCCUCCUACCUCCUGUGCUUCUUCGACCUCAUCUUUGUGUGGAUUGAUUGCAAGCAACAUUUGCCCAAGAAAACGAUCAGACACAGAAGCAAAGCACGCAAGACCACAUCUCAGCAAGAAAGCUUUAGGUUUCCUCCCUGAAGCGGCUGAGAGAUUGAUAUGCCACUGCCUUUCAAGUGCAU